AAAGCCUUCAGUUUGUAACUCUGCCAACUUUUCUUCUCCCCCCUGCCUCCAGUUUCUGAGUGUUUGCUGUCCGUCUUUUCUCCAAACUUCAGUCAGCUCAGGUUUAAUCUCAGAGGAGCUGAGGGGGAUUCUACACGUUUAUACCGAUUACCUGAGUUUGUCUUAAAGUAGGCCACCAGUUAUAAACCAGUGGAGUCAAUCAGGGGCUUCUGAGUUCCAUCCACCAUGGGGGACGUGAUUUCCAGUCACCUGGAUGAAGCCAAGCGGGAGAUUAUCACAGCUCGUACUGGGGAGGUGAUGGGGGAGUUUGGGCGUCUCUAUGAGCAGCAGUAUGCAGUGGCUCUCUUUAACAAAGUUCGCUUUGACAUAGAAGGAGGAGGCGGCCCGCAACCCCAGCUGCUGCACCGCAAGGUUCCUCUGGAGAACAAGUCCAUCUUCUCCGGCUCGCUCUUUCAGUACCUCGAGGAGAACAAGAAAUGGAGGAACCGCUUCCUCUUCGUUCCAGACUCCUACAACAUCAACUACUACGACAACAAAGCCUCCCACGACAGACACCUCAACCCCAAAGGAACCAUCAACUGUGCCGGAUACAAAAUGCUGACGUCUAUGGAUCAGUACCUCGACCUGAUUAGUAACAGCCUGCCAGGUGUUAAAGCCAAAGUGGGAAGUUCACCUUUCCUUAAGUGUGCGACACAGUUCCCUCUGAUCCUGUGGCACCCGUAUGGCCGUCACUAUUACUUCUGUGUAACGACGGAGAAAGAGCAGCAGAAGUGGCACGCUGUCCUGCAGGACUGUGUCCGACACAGCAACGAUGGUUUGUCUGAAGAGGAUAAAGUCCAAACACCUGCCUUCACUGACGCAGUACGACUCCACCGCCAGGCUCAAGGGCACUACGGCACCUGGGAGAUGAUGUGUGGUGUUCCAUCACAGAUUCUGUCCAACCUGGUGAUGGAGGGUCUCCUCCCUGAGCUGAGGGAGCUCAUCUCCCCCCGCCUCAAAGGGAAACUACACGAGAGGCAGAGGAACUGGAUGCUGAUCAGCGAUGCCGUGUACAGUCUGGUGCAGACUCAGUGUCAGGCUCAGUUUGAGGCCGUGCUGCAGAAGUGCGAGGCGGCUCGCUCUUCUCUGGAAGCUUCCAUACGAACAGACAUGGACCAGAUCAUCACGUCUAAGGAGCAUGUCACCAACAAGAUCAAAGGUGUGGUUCUCCCCAAGGCGGAGAAGCUGCUGAAGGUGAGCAUCCAGCCGUACAUCAGCUCCAUCCUGGACGCGCUGAUGGAGCCGACCAGCCGAGGCUUCUCCGAGGUCCGAGACGUGUUCUUCAGAGAGCUGGUGGACAUGAGCAAGAACUCGCUCAACCAGGGCACCAAGGAGACCGUGGCACAGCACAUGGAGAAGAUCUCCAUGCUGGCCUUCCACCCAGUGAAGAUGCAGAGCUGCUAUGAGAAGGUGGAGUGUCUGAGUCUGGAGGGUCUGCAGCAGAGAUUUGACGUCUCCAGCCCGUCGGUGUUCGUCCAGAGGGCCCAGAUCCUCAUGAGAGAGCAAAUGGACGAUGCUGUGUACACAUUUGAGCAGAUCCUCCAUCAGAGUCUGGAGGCUCAGGGUUCAGAAGAGCUGUGCAAGACCAUCCAACGCUGCCAGGACAGGGUCAUCAAGAAAUUUGACUAUGAUAGCAGCACGGUGAGGAAGCGUUUCUUCCGCGAGGCUCUCCUUCAGAUCUUCAUCCCCUACAUGCUGAAGCAGCUCAGCCCCACCUGUUCCCCGGAGCUGCCGCGCUUCCAGGAGCUGAUCUUUGAGGACUUUUCUCGCUUCAUCCUGGUGGAGAACAUCUUUGAGGAGGUGGUGCUGCAGUCAGUCAUGAAGGACAUCAUGAUGGCUGUGAAGGAGGCAGCGGUGCAGAGGAGACACAACCUGUACAGGGACAGCAUCGUCCUCAGCAACAGUGACCCCAGCCUGCACCUUCUGGGAGAAAACCCUUCCAUCGACUGGGCAGGGGAGUACGGAGGAGCGCAGGAGGAGGUGGACGGAGCAGGCGAGGAGCCUCAGGGUGAUGCUGAGGCAGAGGGUGAGGGUGGGGCGUCUCAAAAGAGGAAGAGGAUGAAGCAGGUGGUGUCCAUGAUCCAGGAAGAGGGAUCCCCAAUACCACCCAGGGAGUCAUCUGUGGAGGUGCCUUGCGUCGAUGACAUCAUGGAGGAGGACGGAGAGGAGGAGGAGGAGGAGGAGAAGGAGGAGAAUUCAGAGGAAAAAGAUUCUCUUCAGCAGAACGGACCUGCAAGUCCUGAAGCAUCAGAGAUGCCUUCAGACGUAUCAAAGAGUUCAGAGCUUAAGGAAGUAAAAGCAGAACCUGAGGGUAAAGAAGUCCUGCAGGAGGCUGAAGCUCCUACAGAAAGCUCUUCAGCUGCUGAGGAGAAAGGUAAAGGAGAAGACAACCAGCCAGCGAUGGAGGAGGAACCAGCACAAUGCAACCAGGUAGAGUCAGAGGAGGUGCUUCCACCGCCACCUCCUUCUGAGGAAACCCCGUCUGAAGCUACAGGACCCAAUCCAAAGGAGACUUCAGACUUCCCCCCGCCUCCACACGACGACAGCGGCUUCCAAUCUCCCUGCAGCGACGUGGGGGAGGAGCAGGAAGAGGAGGUGGCACCCAGUACAGAAGCCCCACAGCCUGCUGCCGAGCACCCUAAGGAGGCGCAGCAAGUGGGUGAGCCACAGGAGGAGGUGGCACCCAGUACAGAAGCCCCACAGCCUGCUGCCGAGCACCCUAAGGAGGAGCAGCAAGUGGGUGAGCCACAGGAGGAGGUUGUGGCCCCUAGUACAGAACCCCUACAGCCUACUGCAGAGCACCCUAAGGAGGAGCAGACUGGUGAGUCACAGGAGGAGGUGGCACCCAGUGCAGUAGCCCCACAGCCUGCUGCAGAGCACCCUAAGGAGCGGCAGACUAGUGAGCCGGCUACACCAGAGGCAGAAAGCAAACGCAGUGACUCUGAGCCCACCGAGCAGUGAUGAAAGGAUUUCUGCGUCUUUACAUGAACUCAAACCUGCCCUGUUUUCUGGGUUUUAUCUUCUGGGUAAGAACGAUGAUUCAACCAGUUUCCACAUCAGUUACAGACAUCGUAAAACUUUGGCUCUGGUGCUGUCAUCAUGGUUUUAGAAUUUCUUUUUUUUUUUUUUUCCUAUCAAAUGUUCACAACUUUGCAGAAAAUCCCAAACAAGGUCUGACCUUUCAUUUCACACAAGUUCCACACUUAGUUUUCUCUUCACCUGGUAUGAAUGUGAGCACAAGAGGAGUUCCUAAUGGUGAUUUAUGAGCAUGUGACAGGUUGCAGCCUCAGUUCAGGUGGAUUUGGUUUAAAAAAAAACAACAAUGUAAAUUAAUUCUUAAACACACAUGUAAAGUCUUCAGUCUUUUUUUUUAACUGCAGUGUGGCCUUUGAGUGCUGUCAGAAAUUUAGCUUUUUUUUAAAUAUUUCUUCAUGUAAAUAUAAGUUCUGUUAUCAGACACCUACCUACUUGAUUAUUAUUGGACCUAAUUGACAAACAGAAUAUACUUUACAUUAUGCAUUAUAAUUGUCUUGAUGUGAUGUCUGACGACUUGACAAUUUCUUUUGUGCCGUUGGGAGGAACACGAUUGUAUCCCGUAACAAAGAAAGCUUGUGUAUAUUUUGUAUAAAUGUGUCUUUGGACCCGCCAACAUCAAACUGUCAUUUUACAUCAUUUUAUGUUUUCCUUCAUGUCUCUGCUGAUUUCUACACGCCCUGUUUUAUUUAUUUUUUCUGCACCCUGUCUCUUUUUUGAACAAUGUCCUUUUAGAUUUAUUUUACCUGUGUGUAUGUAUGAUAAUAAAUCACUAUUGAUUAAUUAUUA